AUGAUCCCCCAUUCUUCCGGCCAACCGUGGGGCCCUUCUCUGCGAACGGUCAAUGGCCCCGGACGGCUUGAUAAUGCGAUGGGCUAUGGGCAUAGCGACAGGCCUAUGCAGCAACCGAGCCGUCCAACCGUCGUCGACCUGACCGCAGGCGGUUCCGAGUCGCAAGAUCGAGAACCACCCCCCAAACGACCGAGAUUGGAGGUGCCAGGUGGAGCAAAUGCGACGGACACUGGGGCUCCUGCGAACACCGAGGCAAGGAGCACUCCCGGAAGUGCAACCUCACGACCUACGGUGUCGUGGCGCGGCCGGCCGCUCUGGUCCUUUCAAGCCGUCGUGUCGGAACUUCCGAACAGCGAGAACCGAGGCGAUGUCGCUGGUUCAAAGCCUUCAUCACCGCCGCCGUUACCUGCUCAGCCAUGGAAGACUCCCGCUGUCGAGCCGCCGGCCACCAACGUUGUGAAGUCAAGGGAAAGCUCACCCGUCGGCGCUGUACAGACGACCCCAUAUCGCAUUGAGAUCCCGUCCGCUGCCCCGAUAUACCACAACGAAAAACCCGCCGAUUUCACCCCAUGGACCGGGAACCAUCCCGAGGACAUCCUCAAUGAACAAACCGCGAAACAAGGCUAUUACGACCGGACCCAAGUCUCCCAGAAUGAGUCAAACACCGCCAGACCAGCUCUUUACGCGCAGUUGAAACACCGGACAGGCUUGCAGAUGCUCUCGUCGGUCUUUGCCGCCGCAUUAGAGAAACGGCAAACCCACAACUCCGUCGACAGAGAAUCGUCCUUUAAGCCACCUCCUCGAGUAACUCUCACCGAUAACAAGCGCGAAGUCUGGCUGCGUGAGCUCGCCAACCCGACUGUUCCCUUACGAAAGCUAAGCCGAACCAUUCCUCACGGUAUCCGCGGCAGGCUUCUUCUAGAUCAUUGUAUCACUAAAUGGAUACCUGUCGCACGCGCUGUCUGGCUCGCCAAAUGUGUCGGUGCCAAUGAGAUUCGCGCCUUCAAGCGCAAAGGCACGAACGGCGCGCUGGCUGUUGGUUUGGAGGCGAAAUGGGUUCGCGAGUGGACGACAAAUGUUCAGCAGUUUGUCGAGGCUACAUUCAGCGCGCCCAAAUCUUCGGACUGGAAAGCCAAGAUGACCUACGCCGUCGGAUUGACGGCUCGUCUGUUUUUCGAAAACCUGCUCGAUCAUGAUCACUUCCUCGAGUGGUUUUUAACUUGCUUUGAGACCGCCUCACUCGGUACAAUUCCCGUCUGGUUGUUGAUGCUUGGCGUUUAUUGGAAGAGUAUAUUGCGAUAUCGACGGAGAGGGCGACGAUUGGCUGAGUUAUUACUCGAAAAGCUGCGUCAGGCAACGGAAGCAAAACUUGCUCCCCUUCAACCUCUCAUCGAUCGACUUGGUCACUUCAUUCAACGUCUCAUUCGUGACCAUACAUCCUCAAUGAUCCUCCCGAACACUUGGGAGACGUAUAAAACACAAGUGGCAUCAGUGCUUGACCUAGAAAAUGCAUUUGAAAAAGCCCUGUUUCAAAACCUCGCCGAACGCAAUGCACGUGUGCAGCGGCCAAAUCAUUCCAAACAGACCGAUACUCGCUCGCCACAUCAACGCAUCAUCCGACUCCUCGACUCGAUCCGCUCCGCUCACGACAUCUCCUCCAUCUCCUCCUGCUUCGACACUUUUGAAGACAAGGCUGUCUUGGUCUCCAAGUUGCUAGAAUGGCUAUCCACGCCCUUCCGCCAUGGCCUCUGCCGCAUAUACAUCGGUGCUCGCCUUCUUCGAAAGUGGAAAUUAGCUGGCGUGGACAUAGACAGCCACAUCCUCGCUUUUCUCUCGCGUGGACAGAACAACCAAAAGUUGAACAUGGACCAGAUUUAUCACGUUAUCUCUGAGCUUGUCAGGUCACAGACAUUCUCAGUUGGUCGCUAUCUUCAGUGGCUUAUGGCGAAAGGUGUUACCAAUAGUCCUUCAACCAAAGAUCAUAAUGUGAAGAACUUACCAAUCGACAUUGGACUGAUUGCGCAACUUCCCGUUGGCCGUCUACCAGAACAUGUUGCGAAUUUGCGUAACACUCUGCUAACACGGACUGGGCUAUCUGUUUCUGAAGAACCCGCAGUCAUUGAUAAUGUGAAAGAUAUCAUCAGCCAGCGUCUACCGGCAAUCUUUGGUGGCAGUGCACAUGCGACAAUGGAACUGGACUCAUUACCGCCGAACCUGACAUGGGCCGUCAAGGCGGAAAUUGGUCAGUGGCUACGCCGUGCCAUUGCUCAACACAGCCGCAAUGCAACAGAAUCGUCGACCACUGGAGUAUUCGCCGCUGGUGUCCUUCCCGUGGUAUCCGCGCUGACCCCAAUCGAGUUCUAUACCGUUCGCGACAUUCUAGAAUCGUUUGGUGAUAUCUCAAUGCUAGCCGACGUAUUGAAUUUCGCAUCAAGCUGCACUGAUGGCACUGUCCUCGCAUCAGUAGCAGAUACCACGAAUUGCCAUUUCGACUCUCUUUGCGUGAUUGGCGCUACGACCGAUCUAUUCCGACGACUCAUUGAUGCCUACGCGGGUAUCAAGAAGUUCGGCAUGCCAAGCCUUGAUCUGAUAUUCUCCCUGAUAGAACUUGGCUUGCGUAUCCCGAGUGAGCUAAAUACUGUUGCAAUCCUUCGGCAGGAUUUGUCCCGCAUGGAGAACAAAUCGAUCAUGGCUGCCUACUCCCCUGUCUCUGACCACAUCCCCGACAACUUCGGUGACACUGAUCCUUUUCUUCGGGAGAAAUUGGAUCAGAUCUUACUGACAGGAAACGUUAUGGAUGAGCCCACGUUGGACGCGAUAUUCAGCGCAUUGACAAAACAUCUGGAGGCCGAGGAGGGUCACUCGAAACUGUCAGCAAACGAUACAUGUCGUUACCUGGCCCAGCUGAGGUCUUUCCAUCCCAAACACUUCGAUGUCAUUCUCGCCCGCUGGGUCUGUGGUCAUCUGCGAUCGCCCGACCGGACUACUUUGCUACGGAUUCUGCCGCCGCUCAUCGGUGUCGGAUGCGUUACCAUUCGAGCAUUCCUGGCCCUUGCUAAGAGACUUACUCUGUCUACACCAACGACUAUUCCCAAUACGGCUCACUUGCCAGCAGACCUUGUCCAGCUUCUCUUGCCUUCCACGAAAGAGAGCAGACGGUUUGAUCUGGUCUCCUAUCGGUUCCAGCUCGCACAACAGGAAUUCCUCACCAAGAAUACCGAGGAAGCGCUCAAGAUUGUUUGCGAUGCGGCGGCUUCAGCCAAUUCUGGCGAUGCUCCAGCCAAGUACGAUAAUCUGGAGAACUCGAUGGUCAUGUUACUGCGUGAUCUUCUUGUGAGAAAGCCUGAUUGUGUAGCGCAGAAGUGCAUGCAAAAGCUCGCUGAGCAGUAUCCAGCCGCUUUGGUUAUUGUCCAGAAAGCCCUUGAUCUCCUUUUGGGUGUUGAUUCAUAUUCGGCUGGGAAAUCGGUUCUUUCCGAGAUCCAGAAGCUGGCUAGUAUGACGGACGACUUUUCGCUUCCAUUCUGCCAGCUAAAGCUGCAAGUUCUAUUCCAUGCAGACACAGGAACUGAAGAUCGCAACAGUAUUGUCGAUGCCAUGUUCAAGACGGCUGUGGCAGAUUGCCGCGCCCACAGGCUUCACUGGGUUGAUCUCGUUGCAUUGAUGAGCCCCGAUGCAGUUCGACAAAUUCGUGAGCGCGCCGAAAAGGAGUUUUUCUCUAUUCCACUCUUUGAAGACCUGACCAGCGAUAACUCUGAUCAGCCUGACAACCUGGGACCAUUGGAAGCAGCCAAGCUCCAUCUCACCAUUAUCGAAGAACUCGCAGGCAGUGUGCCCGAAUCCGGAACCUCGUCUGUCGGCCCAGUUCUGGUGGAAAAGAUGGACGCACUCUUGCACAAGAUCAUUACAAUGCACAGUACACUCGCCAACACCCAAAGCACAGCCAAUCAAACCCGCACAAAAUUCGAACGCGGCCUCGCAUUCUGGUUCUCAGCAUUGCUUCGUAUGGUCGUGAUCCACCGCUCCGCCUUCAUCAACCAGCCCCAAACCCUGAAGCCCAAUCCUCCCCAUGAUCAACUCCGCCUCCUCAUCUCGAUCUUCUGCAUCGCCCUCUCCCGCCUCCCAGGAAAUGUGCUCCGCCUCUACCCAGCGGCGGACUACUUCCCUCAUCCAACAUCCACACCGGAAGAUUACCGUCCCUGCCCCGGAAUUCUUCUCCAAACCCACGCCCUCGACGUAGCAGCCUCCCUCAUCGAUAUCUUCCCCGAUGAAGUCCGCUUCCAAUGCGCCCGCUUCCUCAAAGAGAAAUGUCCCUCAUUCGUGCCAUUUCAGAAUGAUUCCCGCUUUCUAUACCUCCUAGGACCAACGCCUGAUCAGACCUCGGUCAAUCCACAGCAAACCUCAGUCCCGUCACCGGCGGCGUCAACAUCGACACCUGCCCAAACGCCUGCGCCUGUAUCUGCUGUUGCUGUAUCUGCUGCGCAGCAGUCUGCCCUUGCGGCGUCUAGUGCGUAUUCUGAUGAUAUGAACUGCAUCGCGAACCGGUUGCGUCUUCAAUAUCGGGGCAGAGUCGUUGGGCCUUAUCCUGUGAGGCCUUGGGAGCUCCUUGAGGAUGCGGCGCCGUUCAGGAGUAUGAAUGAUACGUCUGUCAACUUGGGCUACUUCGAUGCUAGGCGCGUGAGAGCUUGA